CAAAACAAAAAAAAAAUACCAAUUCCAUCAUCUUCAUAAAUUUCCUCCAUAUUUCCCUUUUGCUUAAAAUAUUUUGUCUUUGAUUUACUUCAAGAUGUCAGCACAAUGUGUUAACAUGAAUAAGGUCAACUUGUCCUUAAAGAUGGAAGAAAAACAAGGAAUAAUGUCAAUUCUUGGACCAAACACUGAUCAAAGAAGCAUUAAAGCUGCAACUUCUAUUAGAAGAACUCUUUCAGCUGAUAUGUCUUCCAUUUCGAAAAUUUGUGAUUCUUCUUCUUCUUCUUCUUCUUCAGAUGGGGAAGAAGAACAACUCAAAGAUGAGCCGAAUAGAACAUUUGAUUGGAGUUCAAUUCUAUCUUCAAAGAAUGAAGAAGCUGACUCAUCUAAGAUUCCACCACCUUAUAUUCAUCCUCUUGUUAAAACAUCAGGCAGUUGUUUGAGUAAGAAAAGUCUUGAAAUUUGUACUGAGAGUCUUGGAUCAGAGACUGGCUCUGAUUGCUUUUCCUCUUCACCUCCUAAAAAUGAAGACUUAGAAGUUGAUCAUCAUUAUCAACACCAACAACAACAUUCCUCUGUCUUACAAUCUUUCGAGGAUAUUCCUGUUGUAAAGUAUAAUUAUAGCAAAAACUCAUCUUCUCCUAAAUCUUUUCCUCCUCCUCUCCCUUCUGUACACAUGCAAUCACUCAGACAAAAUGGUAGAUUGAUUCUUGAAGCAGUUUCUGUUCCACCUAUGAACUAUUUCCAUGCCCAACGUGUUGAUGGCUGCCUUCGUCUCACCUACAUCAAUCAAAAUGAUUGUGCAGCAGAUGAGCCAGAACUAGAAAUGGCGGAUCAAGUUGAAGAGUUUGAGCAAGUUUUCGACAAUAUUGGUGUGAUGGAAAAAAGUUCAAGAUUGUCGAAUGAGGUGAUAAAUGUGAACAAAUCAUCAGCCCUGAUUUUAGAGAAAAAAAAUCAACUAACGUGGUCUAAAUGUGUUAGUUUCAGCGUGACACCUGGUUAUUACGAUCUUAGCAACAAGUUCAACAACUCACUAAACUCGAUGAUGGAACAUGAGGUGAAAGAUAGUAUUUUUAGAGAAUGCUACACUUGUCCUUCAACGAUUAAUCAGUCACCACCACCACCGGCAGCUGCAGCCUCUUUAAAUGCAUACGAUUACUUUUGGAGGAAGAAGCCAACAGUGGCAAACAUUGUGAAUAAUUCAUCUACUGCAGACCAAUGCAGCAAGAACAACUACUAUAAGCAAUUUGUAGCAGUAGCAGCAGCCAAUGGUACUGAUCUCAAAGCCAGUGGUACCACAAAGAUAGCAGCAUAUGAGCAGCAGCAGGACUUGGUGCUAAUUAGAGGGAACAAGGCAUCUAUGAACAAUUUGGUGCCUUUGUUGAGAAGUUGCAAAGAGCCAAAGAGAUCACUAAUAAUUUGGGAGCCUUACUGCAUUGCCACCUCCUAAUCAUGGUCAUCAUCACCAUUAACUCAAAGUAUUAAUCAAAAUAUUUGAUUAGGUCCAUAUAUUUAAUUUACAAAAAUGUAAUAUGGUAUCAUUACAAAUAUGAUUUUCCUCUCUUAGUUUUUACUCUUUUGUCAAAAACGAGUUUUGUAUAGCCAAAUAAAGAAGAGAGAGAUCAAGAAAGAUUUCAAUGGAGGUCAAUAACAACCAUUUUUAUCUUAUUUA